AUGGGUGAUAAAAAAUUCACAGCAAUGUUGCAACUUGCUAAUAAUACAGGUGUAUUAAUGAGUUGCUCUAUUAAUGCUCUUGAAGUAUGUGUAUGGAAUUAUAGGAAUGGCAAUAUAAAACCAAAUAUGUUUAAAAGAAAUAAAGAAAUUGUUCUUAUAAAAUUACAUAAUCCAUGGGGUGAAAUUGAAUGGAAUAUAGAUGGUCUAUUAAGAACAACAGCUGGUGGAUGUAUAAAUAAUGCAAAUACUUUUUAUGAAAACCCACAGUAUUCUAUAUUAGUUCACAAACCAACUACUUUAGUAGUUACUCUGAUACAAAGAUACAAUGACAAUAACUUUAAAACAGAACUGAAAAGGUUACAAUAG